AUGGUUUACCUUCUCUAUUACCCUCUUGUCUUCAGCCCCCCCCCCCUCCCCCCAAUGAUUAUAACUACUCAUAUCUCGGGGAAUGACUUUGUAAUGUGUGAACAGAUUGAUUCCUCGCAUCGCGAGAGGCAACCACACCCAUUUCAUCAGCUGAAGUGCUCACGCAGCAUAAGAAACCGCGCGGCUGUAGUUUAUCACCUCACAUGUGCAACGCUGCAUAUAGAAGUACCACAGGAUGUCCUUUUCUCUGCCUCUUUGUCCUACGCCCUUCACAUUAGUCGAAUGAGUGCUAAAUGCCCCACUUUAGGUCAGCUGCGGUCGGUCUCAAAUGAAACCGAUAUUGUCGCUGUCGAAAUGCUUAUCCUUGAGUUCGUUAGACCGCACGUCGUACUGAUUGAAGGCUGUCUUCGACUGGAGCUUAAGAGACUCGUGGUGCAUCGACCAUUGCCUCUCAAGAUUCGUGAAUGCGUUGGGCGCGUCGCCAUUGCACUCUCUGACACACUGUACGCUUACCACUACUGUUUGUUUCCGGAAGCUGCUGCUCGGGCGUGCUUGCUCAACGCCUGCGAGCGUCUGGGUAUCGAUGUGGACUCUGCAACUCUUCCCGACGAAUUUAGGACGCCACAGGUGGCUGAAAUACGCGCCUUUUUUUCUGACGCUUGA